UUUCUGUUGCGAAGAGGACAGCAUUUGUGCUGGCACACAUCUCAGGCGUUUUUCACGGCGAAGUAGCCUAAAAUGGAGAAUCGACCGCCCGGAGAUCGUCCGGGCGGCCUUCCGCCAGAUGAUAUUCCGAUCGCACCUCCAGACGACUACUCCCUAGAUGAUCGGCCAUCUCAAGUUUCUGAGCACGUACAGCCGAUUAGAGGAGAUCGGGAGGCAGUUAAAAGAAAGACGAGAGCGCAGAAAUUAUGGGAUUUGUUGAAGGCGCACGUUCAACGCGGGUUUUUCCAUUCCCUUUUGAAUACUCGCGCCGGUACCUCGUCCGAUUUUCUAACACUUGUGGAUCGACUGUGGACAUUGGUGCACUUAUACUCUCCAAAAAGUGGCCGUCAAACUCAAAAGGACAGCACGACUGAAUUCGUCAUGGCUGGAUGGGCGCGUAUCAAGGCCGAGCAGCAUGCUUUGGAACGACAAAGGGCUCGAGCAGUGGACACAGGGAUGGGUGGGCUUCCUCCGCGCCGGCAGUCUCUUCCCACAGGGUCAUUGCACGGGGCGGGUAUGUCAGCGGACCAAGACGUGGAUCGGGGUGUUACGAUGCCUGACACGAUUUCGGAAGAGCGGGAACAAGGUUACGGCCCAACGAAUACGCACUUGCCUGGCUUGUUGGCAGGAAUAGAGAACGAGGAAGAUAAAGGAGGGGAACCUUACCCAACAGCGCCGGGGAGACGAGGAUUAGGAUUGGAAGGUCUCAACUUAGAUAGCAUACCAAGUAUUAAUGUGAGCAAAGAUCUCAUGCAAAUAGCUAAGGGGCUGCAUGUUCAACCGUUGGAUGAAGCCGAUUUCUACACGGUGCAGGUGCAUUUCAACCGUGGAUGGAAAUUGCUCCUGCUUGGACUCAACCAAGCCGAAUCAUUUGCGCGAUAUAUGGCCAUGGUAGCCUUACGGCGGGCAAUUCCCAUGAUCAACGACACUCUCCUGGAUUCCACAACCCGGGAGAGCCUCAUUCGCGUACUGGUCAACUUGAUGGUUUCUGAUGAGAGAACGGAGAAUCGUUUGAAGGCGGUAUAUCUAUUAGGCCAAUUGGGGUUUUAUCUUGGGGCUGUGCGAGAGCAUGACCACCUUCUUAUGCUGGCAUUUAAAGAGCUAGUACGGAGACUCCUCGAAAUCCAGUACAAAGAGAAACGUAAGCCGGCCAACGAUCCAGAUCGCUUUUCAAAUGCAGACCGUGCACUUAAGAUCUACCUGCUGCAUGCGAUUGGCAAAUUUACACGAUUUGUUCACAAACAAUCGCGUUUUGCGGAAGAUGUUGUCAUGUACAUUCUUCACGAAGAGUUCGACAAAGGAGACUCGAAAGUCAAGCAACCCGUUCAGAAAACUGGCAUUAAAGAAAUGGAUCAGGAUCCAUCCUUGCAUGUCGUUCGAGCUUUACUGGGUGUUCUGAACAAUGAGAUGAAACGAACGGAUGCGAAUCACAAAUACGUGGGUGCCAUUUUCAAGAAAUAUGUUCAUCCCCUGAUGAGGUCGACCGAUCAGUCCUUGCAAAUGAUGGCAGUGCAGUUCAUCAGUAAUUGGUUGCCCAUCAUGAACGAUGAUGCGAUUCUGCUUGGGAUCGACACAGUUAUAUCUGGAUUAAAAGAAACGAAGGAUCUGCAUGUGCCAAACUUUGAUCGUGCGAUGUACGACGCCGAGUAUCGUGCUCUAGUCAAGCGAACCCGUUCCGAAGAAUCCCGGAUGGCAAUGCGCUCCAAGUUGCUCCGCCAGCUACUUCAGGUUCCCGGCACGUUCGCAAGAUUGGUGCCAGUACCUGACCACCCCGGUUUUUUUGUCGAAGUCAACUCUAGCAUGAUGUACACCAAGGGAGUUGCGGUCAAUCUUCCCAUUCACCCGAAAUCCAGCGUGACACUUACCAGACCAUUACCGAGCAUUCCGGGCGUCCCACAGGGUGGUACAACGAUUCCGCCAGUCUUCAUGGAUCCUCUUUGGGCAGAAAAACAAAAGCCUCCACAGUAUCGAUACGAGUACCUUGAGCGUACGGGAGAAGUACCUGGUCUACCAUAUGGAUAUACUUGCGCGCCUGCGCCUCUCGUGGAAGUAAAUGAGUCUGCGACACCCGAUCAAGCCAGCAAGGAGAUCAAGGGCACUCUGAAGGCAGCUGCGGAUGUUUUAUCACAACAACCUGGGACUACUUUAGAUUCUGGACGAUUCUCGGCUCGGCCUGGACCUCCAGAUGCCCGAGCCGUGCGUCGAGCGGCCUUACAAGCCGUUGACACAGCACCGAUGGCUGCCAGUGCUCGAAAAGGAUCUGUUAUGGCCAUGUCUUCACGGCGCGUACCUUCAGGGAACCGGCCAACGUCAUCGAGUCGGCCUCGCCGUGCAAGCACCAUGGGGAGCGCAAAUGCUGGAGACCUCAGCAUGGAAAGGGCAAGGUCACGUUCGGGAAGUCAAGUAUCCCUAGUACCAAAGAAACGUGCAGGUAUUAAGGAUCGAGGACCAAUACCGCCAGGAACGGCGAGAGUUCCGCAGAAGAGUGACCUCAAUCCGUAUGACGGCAGGCGUGUCCCACCUGGGUUUCUCAACAUAUGCCCCUUUCCCGGAUAUGAUCCUGAUCGAGUCGAUCGCGCUGCUUUGCCAGUUUCUGCCAUUUACGGGAAGCAAAUGGGCCCUGGUCGUGGUCCUCCUGGGGUGGGAUCCAUGGCGCCAGCGAAACAGAAGGCAAUUAUUGAUGCCAGACCUGGAUUUGACGUACCGGAAGGUUUUACGGUAGACAGACAUCCAGUGCUCUGGCCAAGUCGAAUUCCCAACUUGCGGAGUAUGGCGAACCCAACCGACUUCCCGAUCAAUGCGCCAGUUCUCUUCGACAUAAUUCAGCCUGGCACCACACAUCUCCAAAGAGUUAUGACUCGGGUGACCAGCAUCAACAAAGAAAUGGCUGCCGUGAGUGUGCAGCGAGAAGCCAAUGAAGACGAAAUGCUUUCUGUUGGAGCUACCUUCAAUAUCUUCAUUCGUACACGACAGAACCCCUCGGAGUGGAUUUCGGUCAACUUAGAAGUCGUUGACGACGACUAUGUGGACGAUAUUGGUUUUAGCAAACCAAGGCCCUUGGGGACUGCUUCUGGAGCCAGCUCGCUAGCAUCCUUGGUGAACAUUAAAGAUGCUGAGAACCGGAGCAGCAUGGCAAGAAGAACUUCUCAGGCCGCAACUGCGGUACCUGCGCAAGCGCAAGCACAAUCAACUGUGCCGCUGCCGGCCGGAUUCACAUCACAGGGAGAACCGUAUUUUGCCCCCCCUAUCAAUAUGCCGCCUUUUCCGGUUGGGUAUACUAUCAACAGCAUCCCGUACUUUGGCCGUACGUCUACUAUCAAGCCACCACCUCUGGGAAUGACCUCCCUGGGCACCAGGUUUUACUCUGCUGAUGGUAAACCACCAGGCGAUCAAGCUAGUCGUAACCACUUGGCAGGUUAUGACAACAGUGGACACCCGUUCUUCAUUCCACGAGGCUGUACAGUACCUCCCCCUGCCGGAUUCACUACCGAUGGGAUUGCGUAUUAUGAUAUAUUUUCCUUGAUGCACCAUCGGGGCGUUAUGGUUCUCCCUACGCCCCUCGCCGCUCGAGCAGCCUGGCCGGUAUUCGAAGAUGAGGAAGAAGACGCGGAAGAGGACGGCAGUGGAUCUCUCAGCAGACUAGGGUCCACGACCAACCUAACAAGGAGAGGCAGUCGGGCUGCUCUCCGGAGGAAAACCGUGCAUGCUGUCGAUCAAGCACUUCUUACCGCGCAAUUAGUGGAGAGCUUAGAGGAGAGCCAACCGCAGUUGAAGCAGAAUUUCCUCAAAGGUCGCCAAAGGGCAGUGGGAGUUGUGAGAAGGGUUGCGGAAUUCGAGCGCUUGCGAGGAAAACCGGACUCGGAAGAUAUAGACGAGGAACUAAAUCUACAAGAUCCGGAAGACAUCGUGGGCUUCCUUCGAGAUAGCGAGGAUUUAGCAUACCUGCGUCCCUCAACAAUUCGAGUUAAUAUUGAGCCUAGUGUUUUGGAUUUCCAGAGCGUGCACGCACCCGUUACGAAAGCCGCCGUGCUUAGAUAUAGGGCAGGCCGUGGUGACUAUGGAGAGAGGGACUUCUUUGUGUCAGUUGAGCCUGUGGACGUGUUUGCCAUCAAGCUGUUUCAUUUGAAAUUGCAAGGCGAGGGAGUAAUGGAGAUUGGCGUAACAUACUAUCCCACCGCCAUGAAGACGGACCGAGUUGAAGGUUCUUUGAACCUCAUCGACGACUCAGGGAAGAAGAUGGGCAGUUGCUCGAUGGUGGCGCUACGCCAAAGCUUCAUUAAAGUGAGCCCGAUCUCCAUUGAUGCGGGAUGGACGCUACCGGAUCGACGAAAGGAGGUUUAUGUAAAACUUGAGAAUAUAUCCAGUGGUGCGGCGAUGGUCACAAUUCAAUUACACAGUGAACUGCAAGCAUAUCAAGCAGAAAGUCCCACUGGAUCCACUCAAUGGAUGUCUUCAAACGACGAGAAGGAAUCAAUUUCCAAGGGAGACGACGAUGACGGCGCUCCAAGGAAGGUCAAAGCUCCACCAUUUGUGCUGCCGGUACGUCAACUGAAACUCCAGCCGCACGAAUCCAAGACCUUUCCCGUGUAUUUUGAACCAACAAAACUUGGUCAUUUCGCCGACGUGGUGGAAAUCAAUGGCCCUGGUGGCGAUCUGAUCCAUGUCAAGAUUACCGGAAUUGCGGGCAUCCCUAUUGCUGUUUAUCCGGAAGGCGAAGAAAAUUCACGAGCAGGUGCAGCAGAACUUACCCGCGAGCGAUGCGAGUUCAUGAGGAAGUUUAGGAGAGCCGAUUCAAAGGAAAAGCUACAUGUUGGGCUCACGGCGGAAGAUACUGCUAUUUUGAAGAACAUGAUGUCUGCAACGUCUGACCAAGAAUCGCGCAAGGAAGCGCAUACAAUGGAUUUUGGAAUAUGUUCUGCGGAGCCGCACGAACGGAUGCGAUGCUUGACGCUCAUGAAUUUAGCGGAUGUCCCGGUGACUGUUGGCCUCUUCCCUCAUCAUCCGGCGCUCCGGUGUCCGUAUUUGGUGCGCAUUGCUCCGCGCAUGGCAAAUACAGUGGAAGUCUUCUUCACUGUGUCCGACGGUCCUCCCGCUGUGCGGGGGAACUUACGCACCGCGAUCGAAGUUAUAUGUCCCGAGUUUCAGAACAUUCCGCUAAACAUUCGGGCGUACAUCGGACAGCCCCUCUUUUUCCCAUCUUGGGAGUACGCAUUUUUCAAACCAUGCCGAAUUAACCGACAAGAGCAACUAACAAUGACUCUGAUCAACGAGUCACAAUACCGGCUUCAGUUGGUUGUGGAUAAUCUAGGAUUGCCCGGAGGUGCUGAUCCGAUCCGAAGUUACUUUGGCAGCACGUUGUCCUCGCAAGAGAAUGACCCAACCGUGAUCAUGCCUCAUUCCACCAUCCCCGUUGCAUUCACGUUUUUUGCCCGCGAACGUGGUCCUCUCCUACAAACAAUUCAACUGCGCGUCGUUAAGCCAUUCAAUGUCACACUUCCUGCUGCAUUUUUCAACAAACCCUUCAGUUUGAUCGGAAUUUGUAUUGAACCCUAUGUGCAUCGUCCUGGAGAGUUACCGGAUAGAAAUAGCAUUGACUUCUUGAGAAUGUGGAUGUCGCACCCAAAACGACUGCUGGACGAAUAUCCUACCCCUGAAGAAAAGGCCCAGCGCUUCGACUUAGCUAAACCAACAAAACCGUACACUCCUGGGAAUAACGAAUGUGAUGUCACUUUUGCUAGAGACCCAGUGUCCUUUCGCGCAGGUGUUGCAAAGACCCCUGUUGGCCAAAUGACGGAUGCAGGUAUGCGGCGCUCUCAACUACAGCCAAUUCUGGUGCAGAACCGCGGCUCUCAAUCCCGCAACAUCAUCUUCUUCACCUCUACAUGCUUCAGUAUCGAUCCUAGAGCGAAGAUGAUGCAACCAGCUGAUGCAGAAAAUGUGGAUGUCAUGUUUCUCCCACCUAUAGAAGCAAGCGAGCUGGUUUCAUCUUUCGGUUUUGCCGUUGCACUACUUGAUCACGACCACACAUUUCAUGCCAUUCAACUGCAGGGGAAACCUCUCUCUGACUUCCUGGUGUUUCCACCCCCAGGCAAGGAUCACACCAUUGUGUUGGACUUUGGUCGUGUCGAAGUGUCUACACAUUCGUUAGAUAUCAAUGUAAAGCACGUCGUACUGUGCAAUAGUUAUGACACAACGUACUCCUGGAACGUCAAGUUCGUGAGCAGCAAGCAGAAGUUUUCUGCUUUCGAUGCUGGUAUGAUAAUGGGUGAGCUCCAGACAUACGAGACCUUCGCGAUACCGUUUCGAUUUCACUGCGAUACCAGUGGAUCGUUCGAAACUAUGGCGGAGAUCUAUAUCAAGGAGACACUGGAUCGUUUAGCGAAGCCUUCGAAGAUUGUUACCGUUAUCCUUCGAGGCCAAACAGUUAACACUUCCAUGGGCGGUCUCCCGGAUACCUUAGACUUUGGAAGCACCGUGGUAUUCCAAAAGAAAAGAAGGAAGUUUAUGCUCGCAAACAAUGGCUCAACAGAGGCGCAAGUAACCAUCCUAUCUCGACCACCGUUUGAUGUUACGCCCAAAACUUUCCCUAUCGCACCUAAAGGACAACAAGAGAUACAAGUAACUUAUACUCCUACAGAAUCUCGUACAAGCCAGGUUAAGAUGCUCGUUUUCUCGAAUCACAAACUGUACCUGAUAUUGUUAACUGGUACUGGAGGCACCGCGGAGCUGAUUUGCGAGAAAUAUGAGAACAAGGACGUCGAUUUCGGCUAUCAGCGCGAAGGCACUGUUGGGUGGCUAUCUUUGUACUUGACAAACAAAGGCACGCUACCCCUGACUUUAAAAGCAGUAACAGCAGACAACUUGGACCUCGUCAAGCUGGAAUAUUUGACUGUUACAUCAACAGUCCCGUAUGAAGCGAACCGAGGGCCGGGACGCAAUCUUAACAAUGUUAUAGUUCGUCGGGACUAUUGGAGUAUUCUGAAGCGUAAAUUGGAAGUGUUCACUGUUUUGAAGCAACUCCUGGCUGGAACAACGGGUGUAAAAAAGAGCAAGGCAAAAGGAAGAAGACAGGACGGGCCAUCGGAGGAGGAAGGCAAGCAAUUGCGCAUCCAUCGGACGGACUCUAUCAACCCAACCGACCAUGUCUUGGUACCUCAAUUACCACAACUGCGGCCGUUUUACUCGUAUCACUUCCGACUUGGUUAUACCAGCAGAUAUCAAGCAAAAAAAGACACUAGUCUCAUCUUUCAUUACAUGCCAAUUACCACGGACGAGGAAGCCGACACGAUAUCCGCUCUUGUAAAGAGGAUGUCUGUUCAUGUUGUUGGGAAUGUCUAUCGUCCGCUGGAGCUUUACCCGCCAUACCAUGACUUUGGUCUGGCACCCGCAGAAGCUUACAUACUUCCUGAAGCACGACGGAUGGUUCGAAGAGAGCUUGCGGAUGCAUAUGGCGUUAUGCGAGAAGGUCAAAAGGAAGGCGAAGCAGUGCUUCAGCUGGAGGUGCUGAACAUGUCCUUAGAGGCGCAAAACCUUACUCUGCAAUCUAUCAGCACCGAAUUCACUGUGAACGGACGAACGUGGACAUUGCAGCCAGGUGAUAAGAUCACCAUCCCGAUGGAGUUCCAUCCUCCAAAAGAGCAAGUUCAAUAUCACGGCGAAGCGAGGUUUGUUCACAAUUUUGGAACUGCUCUCGUGCGGUUAGCGGGAACGGGCGCCAGUGCGGAUCUGUCAACAGAAGAGGUUCUUGAUUUUGGCAGCCUGAAGGUCGGGUCAAUAGGUUCAAAAACGCUACGGCUCCACAAUAGAGGACUACUGGACUGUAGAUAUGUUUUGGAAAUUGUUCAACCUGGACAAGACUUCACGCUCUUGGACGAGGAGCCCUUUGACCGAGAGGGAGUGAUCGAAAGUGGAGGAGUUGAAUCGCUAGAGGUUGAGUGCAACUGUGAACGUCUUCUGGAAGGUGCCGCAAGUAUCGUAAUCAGAUGGCUGCGAGUACCUCGCGGUGCCUGGGAAGAGCUUGUAAUUCCCCUACUGGUGCAAGUCGGUAUGCCUGUCUUCCGCCUCCAAAAUAUGGAGCUGGACUUCCAUACCACGUACAUCAAUGUAAACAAAACAAUGGAGUUUACAGUGACUAAUGAUGGAAAUGCAACCUGUAAUUGGGAAGCGGAAACAGAGAGUCCCGUGCUAGUUAUCGAGCCAGAAGGUGGGUCUCUUCAACCCGGAGAGACAGUCUAUUUGGAGGUGACAUUCGCGCCGCAAGACUUCGACCCAUUGCACCAUAACAUCAAUUUCUAUACGGACGCGGGGACGAAGACUUUAAUGUGCUACGGUAUUGUCGGUGUUCCAUACCUCAAAAUUCCGGAAGAAGACAUGUUCAUGGAUUUCGGCAUCGUGGCAAUUAACAAACCACAUAAUCAUUCGGUGGUCUUUACCAACACCGGCAAGCGACACAUUGAGUUCGAAAUCACCUUGAUCGAUGUAACGCAUGACGGGAUUGAAAUGGCACCUGAGGAUUUUGAUGUUUUUUUCAUCAAUCCCACUCACGACAUCAUUGAACCCGGCGGUACAGUAACUAUCACUAUGCAGACGAUUCCGCGAGAGUAUAACGCCAUUUAUGCCGGUGAAUGGAUGGUGCGUACCCGCGAUGGAGAACAAUAUCGUGGUCGAUUAACAGCAACUGGUGGUAAAGCCAUUAUCAAACUGGCGCCUCCUACUCUCGCGGCUGAAGAAGCGCUUUCUAAGAAGCCCAAGACCGCCGAAAUGUCGAUGAAUGCUCCCUCCUCACGAGGAACUGAAGCUAGUGCAGGCUAUCUCCCAAGUACUGUUGAGACAGCUCGCCAAACGUUUCAAAAUCACCUGGACAAUUUACAGGAGGUUUUGGCUGGUCUCCGAGCGGCGGAGCUGGACACCAAGAGUGAAUUAGAGUCCGUGCUGCCAAAGCCACCUACAGCAGAUCGUCCCGUGUCAACACCACGCUCAGCUAGCGCGAGACGCCGUCAAUCGGUGGGUACUCCUGACAUAAAGGCUGAGGAUGCUAAUCUCGAGGAAUCUCGGCAACGUGGCCUACGCGUUAUGGAUGGGUCAGACGUACGGGACCGCGCACGAAGAGGAACCGCAGGCCGUGUUGUUAAUAUUGAUAAUGAGGAUUUAUCAGAUCGGCCAAGAACCGGCCGCCGGUCACGCACCGCUAGAGGAGCAAUUGAUGCAGAUUCCUCUGCCGCGGUGCGGUACAUGGACGAAUUAUCCCAAUUGGAGGAUGAGCUCGAUAUGGCAAUUGGCCUGCGAGAUCCCCUCAUGUCCCCUAUCGCCACAGGAGCCCCAGGUACGCCGAGUAAAAGGACGCCAAGUGGUCUUGGAAGGUAUCAGCCUGGUGCACCGCGUCAUCGGAGACCGCAAGCCGCGCGUGAAGCAGUGAUUAGGAGCAUCCUCUCUGCUAGUGGCGAACGUUCUUCAGAGCGAGAUUCUGAGGAAUCACUUCGCACAGGUUCACGAGCAUCAGAGAGACUAUCCAACCGUAAAAGUGUUGCUAGCUCGGCGGAGAUGGAACGACUACAAAGGCCGAUUGAGGAUCUUAUUCAAACGGCACAGGAGAUGAUUUCGGAUGCGAACAACGCUGUCGAUCCAAAUGUCCAGCGCACGCUUCUGUCUGCUGCAAACGAUCGUAUUCUUGACAGUACAAGGGGAGUCAUCAAGGCCGUGAAGGAACAGUUAGCUAACGCCUGGAUUGAAAACCGUGAUUUCCUAACAACUGCGUUAAGACGCCUUCAACAGUCAACCCAUGUCAUGGAAGCGCUGGGCGAAGCACCCCUCGAAAAGGAGGCUGGCGAGAAUGACUUCAACUUAGGAUUAUUGAAGGCAGGAGAGCGCAGCGCACCUAUUCUACUUUUCAAUCUUCCGAACCUCGGAAAUCUCGCUUUCGAUUUCCACAUUAAGCGAAAAGAAGCUGACGCUAUGUUCCCACCAGAUUUUGUAAUGGACAAUGCUGGGGACGUCUUUGUUCUGGAUCCGCCCUCUGGUGCCAUUGCGCCCCGAGAAUCGGUCAAUAUAUCCGCUACGUUUACGGCCACGACUCCAGGCACAUAUCAGCAAGCCUACGAGCUAAUCUCAGGAGGAGAGGUCGUUCUCACCUUCACAGCAACAGCUCGGGUUGGGUCUCCCAAUCUCGUAAUCAGUCCUGCAACUAUAGAUUUUGGUUUGGUAGGGCGCCAGAAGAGCUCCGUGCGCACAUUUCAUAUUGAGAACACUGGGACAUACAAGGACAUAUUUCGCAUUGAGGCAGUUGUGGCUGCUGCUAACUUGGAAGCAGAGGACUCGCUGCCCACAGCUCUUCCGUUUGUUCUCAGUACAUAUCGAGGCGAUGUUGAGCCAGGUGCUAGCGAGGCAGUACAAGUCACCUUCUCGGCUCCCCAAGAGGGAACUUAUGUCCAAAGGUUUCGUGUCGCCUGGAGUAAGGAACCUCUCUUUGUGGAAUGUAAAGGCGUCGGUGGUGGAUACAGAAUUAAGCCGGUUUUCAUGUCUGAGAAAGAUCAACAAUUUGGCGGAUUGGAUUGGGGCACCUGUGUCGUUGGUGUUUCGUAUGAGAAGCUGUUCAAGCUGACAAAUAUUGGGAACGUCGAGGGCACCGUAGAUCUAUUUCACAGCAAUGACUGCUUCCGCUUUGAUGUUGUUCGUGAUGCAAAGGGUGCAGUUCAUAUCCCGCCAGGUCAGGAGGUAGAUGUGAAGAUGAUUUUUUGGCCGUCACGCAGCGAAACAAUCAAGGAAGGAGUACAAGUUCGCCUACCGGAAAACAACAUUACCGUCAUCCCAGUGCGUGCGAUAACAGGGAUAACAGAAUGGAAAGUGGACGGCGAUGCAAAGUUACUCAACAUGCCCGUCUUAGAGAUACAGAAUCGCACGCUAAAGGUGACAAACACUGGAAACCUGGAGAUACCGUUAGAAGUACGCAUCGAACCACCCGAACUUGCGGCAAUCGUCGGAGUCAAAGUGCUCAAUUGGAAAGAAGGAGAAGCUCUGAAGCCCAACCAAACGGCGAGUGUAGAUUUGACUGUUGCUCCUCAGAAAGCUGCAUUGAUUGAGGGUACCUUGAUUAUCACAACCAACCUCGGUAAAGGACCCGUACAAAACAAGCAGCCUUUCAAAUUACGGGCAUAUGAAGAGCAACUUGGGGUGGACAAUGAUGAAGACGCUUCUGUGGGGCGAAUCAUGAUUGGAGAUAUAGCGUCGGUUUCUAGAACUUUAACGAACUACGGCAGCAGCAGGAUCAAGUACCGCGUACGAAUAGAACCAGUGGUAGAAACCGAGGAAGUUGAUGCAGAGAAGGGAGAUAGUGGGAAAAAAACCAAGCGUGGGAGGCGCAAAGGAGCAAAGGCAGCCGCGGCGGCUGCAGCCGAUAAAGGGAAGACGUGGGCGCAAUUAGCUACCCCUUGGAAGAUCAAAGGAGCGGCAGAGGGAAUACUGGAAGCAAAUCAGACUUUGGAUUUUGAAGCAAUAUUUCAAUCUCUUGAUGAAGACGAUGAUUGGCAAGAAGCAAAGCUGAUCAUUGAAAAAUGCGCUGAUGAGACGACUCAGAGAUGGACAGAGGUCACGUCGUUUAAAGUUCUCGGAGCGGGCGGAAACCCCAAGCUGACGGUCACACCGUCAGAGAUCGAUUUCAAAGAUGCAGGAAUUGGCAUAACGAGGAAAAGCACCGUUAUCUUCAAGAACGAGGGAUCUGCCAUUGUUAACUAUCAAGUGAUUCCUCAGUGGGAUUGGGAUAGUGUUAUCAACUUUGACUCUGACGCCACAAUGGAAGGAAAAUUGGAUCCAGAUCAGGAGAUACCGUUCACUAUACUCUUCAAACCUGAUCAGCACGCAGAAUAUGUUACCGAAAUUCAGAUUAAAACCCAGAUUGAUGUGAAGAUUCUCAAAAUCCGAGGCCAAGGGGCGGAAUACAAAAUCUACGCAGAAGGGCUACCGGAGGUAGUUGACUAUGGAUCAAUUGCCAUUGGCGAAAGUGAAACAAAAAAGCUGGUUAUCUCAAACGAUUGUCCUUACGGCAUUCAAGUAAAAGGCACUGCUUUGAAAACUCAAGCUACGGAAGGAGAUUCGGCGCCGGAGAUUGUCCCGGAACUGCAAGUAACUCCUGAUAUUCUAGACCUUCCUGCAAAUCGACGACAAGACGAGAGAUCUUCCGAGUCGUUUAUUUUACGCCUGCAGGCGGCGGUGCCACUGAAUGAAGACGGCUCCGUUGAUGCACAAAUGGUCACCCACAUGGUGCGCAAAGGACAACGGAGCGCAUUCUUCCAUCUCAUGGUCCUGGGAGGUCAAAAGCACAUAGUUCCACUAGUGUAUAAGUGGAGUGUAAAGCAGCCUGUAGCUCUCGUGGCUGGAGCGACUCCAAGAGAGGGUGGUCGCUUUUUGGAGAGUGAUAAACUCAAACAAGUUGAUUUCGGCGAAGUCCGAAUGGAUAGUGGCUCGGCGAUACCUUUUCUCAUACAUAACCCAAAUGGAUUUGCAAUCAGGUUUAACGCGACGUGUAACGAAAAGCAAUUCAAAAUCAAUCCCGACACGGGUUCUAUAUCUCCACAUGGCUCGAAGGAGUUUACCUGCGAGCUAACCGGAUAUGAAUUCAAAGAUGAUGCUACCGUUCCGCAGAGCGAGACUUUCAAUGGGAUAGUGAAUAUUUUCACUGAUAUCGAGGCAAUUGACGUUGUGUCCAUCACGACAAGUGGUACCUUAGUAGAUGAGCCCUUGCCGCUAGAGCCUCCAGAGCCUCUUGAUUUCGGGCCUGUGCAGAGUCUAAAAGCAAGCGAGCUGACCUUUGCUUUCCGCAAUCCUGUGCGACGACCAAUCAAGUGGAAGUUUCACGUCGACCCACAGUUUGCAGAUAUAUUCGGUGUUGACGGUAUAACUGAGGGUGUCGCUGCUCCACGCCAAGAAACUACCAUCAAAAUGAAGUUCAAACCACAGCAUGCAGCAGAUUACAUUGCUGCCGGAUACUUGGAGACCGAGGAGGGCAGCUAUCCGGUUCAACUCCAAGGCACAGGUGUUGACCCGGCAGUUGUUCUUGACAAGAGAUAUGAGGACUUUGGAGUAGUUGGCAUGGGUAACCCAGAAUUCAGAGAAAUCGAGAUCAAAAAUCCUACUCUGCUGCCACUGCGAGUUGGGGCAAGAACAACCAGCCCAGCAUUCACCACCGACGUAACUGAAAUGACCAUUGCACCUGGAGAAACCCGGAAAGUAAAAGUGUUCUUCAACCCAGCUGUGAUCGGCGAAUCUCAAAGAGGACGCAUCGCGUUCGUUAAUCUCGAUGAUAUCGAAGAAGAGCCCUCUUCGCAAGAAGACGAGAAGGAGGGUGCCAAUUAUCAAGAGGAAGAGGCAGCGCAAGAGGCCCGUCCACCUCGAGAUGUCCACACACCACGUACGCGUCCCUUUACAGGCAAAGAACGCAUACUGGAUCAAAUUGAGCUUCAAGGUGCAGCAGGCGAAUUCGGAUUUUCUGCAGUGCAAAUCGCAGAGGACAACUUGUCGGUUCCUUCGGGAGAAGCUGGAGAAGGGAACGCCAUUCGUCUGAAUUUCCCGAAAAUUCCUGAGCGGCAGCGAGUGAGGAAACAUUUCGAGGUUGAAAACGUUGGAGAUACUGUCAUCGAUCUAGGAGUGGCUGACGAGAAUGGAGAGGCCUUGCUGGAAGAGGGCGAGCGAUUCUCGGAUUCCACAAAAGUGUCCUACAAGAUAUCACCUGUAACCGCCCAAAUCCGACCAAAGACAAGACAGAAUUUCACGGUAAUAGUUAAAGGUCUCAAACCUGGAGAAGAUAAAUUUGAUUUGACCUUGCGGACUCGGACGCUUGCUGCACCGAAAUCUAUUCCCAUCAAAGUUACAGCCAAAGUGGUUGGAGCUAUGGAGCUUUUGAGCGAAAGCUUGAGCGCCUUCGUCCGGGCUGAUAAUAGCAUCGAAGCGAUGAUUGAUUAUCAGCGACAGGAAGAAUUCAAAUACGGUGGCGACACAGACGUAUGGAAAGUGCUCCUGCCAAUUAUCAGAGUCAGCGCGUUGCUACCAAGCCAGGAUUUGAGCUUAAUACCAAUGUUGGAGCCCCAUGUGGCCGAACCGGGUAUUGAAGCCGUUACGGUGCGUCCCCCCGCUGUACCGCGGGAAUUACCACCCAGAGCCAAAAAGUGGUAUAUGAACCGGGUUUCCAUGGCCCUAGAUCAAGGAAAUCGAGUUCGCGCCGAUGCAGAGACACCAGAAAUGCAGCGACGACAGGAAGCGGCCCAAUUUAUUCAGCCUGUUGAGAAAAAGGUGUUCCUCGAGAGAACUGCACGGAGGUGAAAAUGCUCUCCUCUUUGUAUAUAUUGUAUAUAUACCCACGCUAUGAGGUUAACUACUUACAAUAAAGAAAAAUAUACAUUUGGGGUCUCUCCGCGGGGUACAUCAUGCACUAUUCGCCGAAAUAGACCCGUAGGAGGGCAAGCCCGCAACGGG